AUUAUGUCUGAUGAAAAUUAUGUCCUAUUUUGUGACUUCUUCAGCAUAACCAAUCUCAUUCUAGCCUUCAUGGGCUGUCUUGGUAACGUGACGGCCAUCAAAGUCUUUGUCUCUAUGGGACUGAAGGACGGUGUGACGCUCUCGUUUUUAUUUCUAACAACCACUGACUUACUCUAUCUCAUCACCAUGGCGAUACAUUCUGUUGCACUUCAGCUUUUUGUGAUUGAGAAAAAAACCUCUCACGGGACUUGGUUCUGGAUUGAACCUUUUGGAAUCUACAUAUUUUUUGCGAACAUUGGUAACUUAAUCUAUUUCGUGACGAUAAUGAUUACAACGCUGCUGGCCGUUGUCCGGUGUUUGUGCGUGGCCACGCCUUUCAGAUUUAAGCAUAUGUUCAACAGAAAAACAUCUUUCAUGACAUGCAUCGUCUUCUGUGUUCUCGCCACAUCUAGCUACCUCCCGGUAUUGGUCUACAUGUCCCUGGCCCAGGCGUUUGACCCUAAAGUGAAUGCCACCCGCGUCCUGCUUUGGAUAUCCCCGAAACGAGAGUUUGUUAAACAGGUAGUGUGGAUAUCUCGAGACGUGUCUGCCACAUUUGCCACAGAAGCCAUUGUCAUCGCAUGCAUAAUAAUAAUGGCCAGAAGUAUCCGCGCCACUAUUCAGUUCCGGCAGGCUUCUACUCUCAAUGGACUGAACAAUUUUGAAGAUACAAAUGCGAAAAGAUAUUCUUCGAAUGGGAGCGGUAACGUGAACAACGACCAGAAAUCAAAUUUCAAAUCAUCAGGAAGGGGAAGUUCUCAAAGAUCUAAUUCUGUAAAAUUGUCCCAUAAAGAAAUGUCUAUUGUCCAGCAGAUAAUCCUUAUUUCAUUGGUGUAUAUUUUAAGUAACAUGCCUAAGAUUAUCUAUAUGAUAUUCUGAAUGUUGUUAUCCGAAUUUACACUUGGAAAAAGUUUACAAAAUAUUUACCUCAUUGGAGUCUCUGCCAUGGAGUUUUUCCAGACCAUUAAUUCGGGCAUCAAUAUAUUUAUAUAUUACAAAUAUAACAGCAGGUUCAGA